AUGCGCCUCCAAUCCGCGGCACUCGCCCGCGCGCGGCAGCACCGAUGGGCUGCACGCCCUGUCUACACUGUGCAAGCGGCACGUCUUCACGCGCGUCACGCCCGCCCUCAGCAACGCGCGCCGCGUGCUCUGGACGCUGUCAAGAAGGUCGCGCUCGUCGCUGUGGCUGGCGCUGCGUUAACUGCUGCAGGGGCUCUCACGGACGCAGCGCCAAGCCACGACGAGCACGAGUUUGUCAACUGGUCGGCCACGCACAAGUGCCGCCCCACGCGUUUCCACGCGCCUGAGUCAGUCGACGCGGUCGAGGAGCUGCUCAAGCGGUACCACGACAAGAGGCAGAAACUGCGCUGCAUGGGCGCAGGCGUCUCGCCCAAUGGAUUGGGCUUCUCCGACAACGUUGCAAGCAGAAAUGACCGCCACGAAGCUCUCAUGUCACUAGCGCUGCUUGACAAGAUCCUCGACGUGGACAUGGCGAGGAAGCAGGUGACGGUAGAGACGGGUAUGAUCGUCGGGGACUUGCUGGACAAGCUGCGCCAGCACGGCUUGACCAUGCAAAACGUUGCGUCCAUUCGUGACCAGCAAGUUGGCGGUAUCUGUCAGGCUGGAUGUCACGGAACAGGAGCGGCCAUCCCGCCCAUUGACGAGCAGAUUGUUGCGAUGGAGAUUGUGACGCCGGCUAAAGGAACGAUGACACUGAGUGCUACGCAGAACCCAGAGCUCUUUGCCCUGGCGAAAUGCGGCCUUGGUGCACUUGGCGUUGUGACUAAAGUGACGCUGCAGUGCGUGCCCAAGCACAAGCUGAUUGAGAGGACUACUGUGACGACGCUCGAAGAGAUCCGGAAGAACCACACCCGCUGGCUCGUCGAGUUUCAGCACCUACGCUACAUGUGGAUCCCGUACACAGAUGCGAUUGUCGUUGUGCAGUGUCGACGUGCGCAAGAAGAUGAACCACUUGACGACAAGCGAUUCCCGCAGGUGCAACACAGCCAUGAGGUGCGUAUGGAGGUUCCUCGGAAAUUGUACAUAGAGCUCACCAAGGGGAAACCAGAGCCAGAUUAUCGCGAUUGGAGCUUCACGAAGAUGCGUGACAAACUGCUCGAGAUCAACCCGCUGGAGAAGCAGCAUGUCAUUCGCGUGAACGAGGCGGAAAAGCAGUUCUGGAAACUCAGCGAAGGCUACCGGGUCGCGUACUCGGACGACAUCGUCGGCUUCGACUGUGGUGGUCAACAGCUCGUCGGGGAGGUCUCGUUCCCGUGUACCGGCACAUUGGAGCUGGACUUUAUGGAGAAGCUUCUCAAGCGCAUUGACGAGGAUGACAUUCCGGCGCAUUCACCGAUUGAGCAGCGAUGGACGGCUCGCAGCACGUCUUCGAUGAGCCCCGCGUCGUCAACGAACCCGGACCAAAUCUUCUCGUGGGUUGGUGUCAUCUUGUACUUACCGACCGCGGAGAAGGAGGUUCGUCAGUCCAUCAGGAAGAGCUUUAUGGAUUACUACGCCAUGUACCGCGACUUCACGGAACCGUAUGGAGCAAUGGAGCACUGGGCAAAAAUUGAGUGGCCCGAAGAUGCUGCUGAACGUCAGAAGAUGCGCAGUCGCCUGAAGAGGAGAUAUCCGCUUGACAAGUUUAAGAAGGCCCGUGACGAGGUGGACCCGCACCAUAUCCUGUCGAACCACAUCGUCGACGAGAUGUGUGCCGCGUAA